AUGGCGGACAAGAAUGCUAAAGAAAAGUCGAGUUUUUCAGAGAAAAGGAGCAAACUCAGGUUAGAGACCAAGUUGUCAGAAAAACUACGGAUAUCAUUGCAGUCGUGCAAAGCGUGUGAGAAUGAGGAAAAGAUCGAAGGACUUAUCGUGUUCUAUAGGAAAAAUACUUUGAAGUGUCGAAUUUUAGAUGGUUUGUUGUAUAUUCUUAGACAGCUUUUGGCUUCUUACGAUGGCGGUAAAGCGUUUGGUUAUCUCCCAUAUAGUGAAGCUCAUGGGAUAUUUUGUGGCUUCAUGGAACGAGAAACUGAAGAUAAGGAAUUUAGAGAUCAUCUUCUGAAUGAGGAAUAUGGACUGUGUGUUUUUGUGACAACAGUGCUUAACACUCGAUACAUUAUUUUGCAAAAUGAGACUGUAGAUACUGGAAAAUUUCUUUUGGAACUUGAAUGCCUUCUAUCAAAGGAACAGGACAACUUUUCGAGGUUUGAUUUGAAUGCAGACUCACUAAAACGAGUUCUACAGUCUAUGGAUACAGAAUAUGACAAGACAGUUUUGAAGGCCAUGAUUUUCACUUCGGCGUCAAGGAAGAAAGUCUACGAGCUUGGUAUUAAACCAGAGAAUGCUGUAGGUUUCCUUAACAAAGUUGUCAAUGUAUCCACAGAAUGUGAACAAGCUAUUGAAGCAGCAGGGGAUAUUUUAGAACUGCAAGAUAAGGACAAAUUGACAUCCAUAAAUGAAAAAAUAGAAGUCAUUGAGCAAAGCUUGGGAAAAAAGGAAAGUUUGAUAUCUGAAAGGCGAAAGGCAGAUCUUAUUUCAGAAAAGUCAAGUCUAGAAGAGAGAAAAGAGUGGAUAGAGAACGAUCUGCAACAAGAUGACUCUAAGAGUGUUAGAAGAUAUAAUCAAAGAAAACGGAGAUUGGCAAGAACACUUGUUCAUAACAGCAGGGUGAAAAGACGCAAACUUGGUGCAGGGGCAAACAGGAGUUUGGACACCGAGGAUGAGGAAUUUAUUGCACGAUCUAUAGAGGAAACAUGCACCGCCCAUGGUAGGCGCCAUGAUACUGUACUCUAUAGCCAUCACCGUGUUAAGAAACGGCACUUUUUAUCAUUGGCCAACUAUAACCUUCAUCGCAGAGGUAAGAAACUGAUAAAAUCAGCUACAACUGUGCUUAACCGAGGUAGACCAAAGAACAUUAAUUCAAGGGCAGCAAAAGCACAUUGUGGAAAGUCACUUUUUUGUUCCAAAAAACCUCCCAAGACUGAAAGUGAAUCAGGUUUGGCAACUCAUCAUCAAAGAGCACAUAUACGCAAUUGCAAGCUUGACAUGUUCAAGAGAAGAAAUAAAACAAGAAGUCUCAUGAUUAGCUUUGAUGACAAAGCUUACAUCAGACCAGGAAGUGAUGUAGGAGCCCGUGAUGUCAAGAAGGGGGUGAUAUAUGAUGUUUCUGACCCUUCAAAAGAAAAACAACUUCCCCAACAUGAUUUUUCUGAAUCAAAGGUUUAUCAAACGCCAUCUUCCUUUCGGUUUAUCAAGGGGACAGUUGAAGACAUCAAAGAUGAGCAAAAGUUUGUUCACGAGGAAGAUCAAACUAUUGUCACUGUACGUCCUAAAGGGUAUAUCGGAAGUUCAGGAAGUGUUUGGGCAUCAGAUCAACUCCACAUUAAAUGGGAGGUUCCUCAGCUUUUCGAGCAAUCAGUGGAAUCAGCGUAUGUGUAUCCAUUGGCCUUACGGAAAUUUUGCCAUCGUGUGCAUGAUAUAUUGUUCUAUUUUCAAGAUUGCACCAUGAAAAACGAUGUCAUGUGUGUAACAGCUUCCCCAGGUUGCACGUUUAAAGCGUAUGAAAUGAAAAAGCUUCGUUGGUUGAAAAUGCAGCUAUCUGAAGCGGCAAGUUCAUUCCAAGAAGAAAAGGGAAAGCUCAUUAAUGCUAAAGACAUUGCAAUUGGAACGGAGCUCCUUGGUCAUAUCAAUGGAAUUCACGAAUUGAAUGACAAAGUUGAUGGGGACACCACAGAAAAUGCAAAUUGUCUUUGGGCACAUCUAGAGAAAGUUAAUGUCCUCUGCAAGACAGCAAUCACAUUCAUUGGAAGCCUACAAUUGCCACCACUUUGUGACUACAUUCUUCAAGCAACUGAUGCUGGACCAGGCGUUGGUGUUUCUAACGUAGAGGUGAAGUACAGAGACGUUGAGAUGUCAAGAAUUAAUGAAUGGAUGCACAUGAAUAGGAUUCACAGGGCGCCUCACGACUCAGGCCAAAAUGAGGCUGAGCGUUCCAACGCUGCCAUUGGUGAAGCUUUGGUUGACGGCAGAGCAUUAAAGUGGGAAUAUUUUAAGCCAGCGGAUAUCAUGAAUGAGGAAGAAUUUAAGAAACUCACUGUUGCUGAGAUCAAGAAGCUUGAGGCAGAAACGAUGGAGCGUAACGCGUGGAAGGUUUCAGAGGAGGUUGUGUCAAGAAUUGAUGGUGAGCCUGGUCCUGCAGGGGACUGCAUGAAAGCGUUUGUAACAAAAAAGAAUGACCAGCAGUUCUUUUUUAACACUGAAUACCUGCAUAAAUAUAAUGCUGGAAAAUCAGAAAAGAAGAAAGUUCAAGUCCCUGGGCACCACUACUUCAAAAAAAUCGAUAGCAUUAUUGCAACGUGCAUGAGUUCUGGAGAAAUGUUUCAUGAGUACUGUGUUGACCAGGCAGUGCCUCCAACUCCUCGUCCAGUUCCAGACAUCACCAAGCUCCCAAAGUUCCACUACUUACCUCUCGAAGAUACACCAAUAAGAAAGGAAAAUGGUAAUAGAAGGGAGGUAGAUGAUUUCCACCCUAGAGCACGCUUGAGAGCACUUCAUAAAGAGAAAGCAAUCAAUGUAGAGGAUGCUUUAAGUGUUAAAGCCUUCUGUAACAAAUACAUUGUCGAGGAGAACCUUGUAAAGUCAUACCUAGAGCAUCUAAACCAUCUAGAAAUGAUGAAUGACAAGAGGAAAACUGAAACGAGAGACAAAAACUUACAAGAAAACAACAUGUCUUGUGAAGAUUUUGACUGGCAGAAAAUGUUCAACGAGGGGACCUUGGCAAAACAGCGUGUUUGCAUACUUGACAAGUACAUUGAAAAGUAUAAUCUAUCUGCAGUGAGAAACAAGAAAAAAACAGAGAAAGUCAGUGCUAUCGUCCAUCAUUUACAAUAUGCUGUUUCUGCAAGUGAAAGUGGUGAAGACCUGGUUUUAGAAGAAAUAGGAGAGUCAAGUGAUCAGCAGUCAGGAUCAGAUACAAUUUGA